UAAACACAGCACAAUGAAAGAAAGAACUUCCCAGUUAUUGGAAAUAUCCUUCUUCCAAUUAGAGUAUUGUGCACUGAGCUGAGUCUACAAGAGCAGCUAUGGCGGCCAUGGUAGGGAUGACUGCCUUGGGGUGCAGGGGAGCGCGACGCAAUAGUCCUCACACUAGAGUGCACAUCUGCAUCUUCUGGAAGGCUUGUUACAGCAUGAAUUACUGGCCCUACAUCCAGAGAUUCUGAUUCAAUAAGUCUGGGUCGGGGCCUGAGAAUAUACAUUUUAAACGAGUUCUCAGAUGAUGUGGAUGUGCUGGUCCAGGGGCCACAAUCUGUGAACCACUGAACUAGAAGAUUUUCCAGGUAGUGUUGCUAACUACAAUUUGUCAGCAAAGAGAUCCAGUUAGCCAAAAUAAAUGACUUCAUGAGUUGCUUGGGUUCAGGUUAAGGAUACUGAUGUCAUUCUGGGGAUUGCCUAUUUGGAGCUAAUUUUGUGUUGCUUUUUCCUUAUUCUGGGCAAAACCGGAAACCCCAUGAAAAAGCAGAGCCCCAUGGAAACAAGAAACCAAACAGGAGUUGAAAACUUUCUCCUCCUGGGAUUUGCAGAGCAAAUGGACCUGAAGCCGCUCCUCCUUGGGCUGUUCCUGUCCAUGUACCUGGUCACCUUCACUGGGAACCUGCUCAUCAUCCUGGCCAUCAGCUCAGACUUCCACCUCCACACCCCCAUGUACUUCUUCCUCUCCAAACUGUCCUUUGCUGACAUCUGUUUCACCUCCACCACCAUCCCGAAGAUGCUCCUGAACAUGCAGGUGCAGAACAAAGUUAUCACCUACGUAGGCUGCCUCACCCAAAUAUUUUUUUUCAUUGUUUUUGGAUGUCUAGACAAUUUACUCCUCACUGCCAUGGCCUAUGACCGAUUUGUGGCCAUCUGUCACCCCCUGCACUACACGGUCACCAUGAACCCCCAUUUCUGUGGACUGCUGACUCUGGGGUCCUGGUGCCUCAGUGUUAUGGGCUCCCUGCUGGAGACCUUGACCAUUUUGAGGCUGUCCUUCUGUAAACACAUGGAAAUUCCCCACUUUUUUUGUGAUCUUCCUGAAGUCCUGAAGCUAGCCUGUUCUAACACCCUCAUCAAUAACAUAGUGGUGUACUUUGUGACUAGUGUCUUGGGUGUUUUUCCUUUCACUGGGAUCCUCUUCUCUUAUUCUCAGAUUGCCUCCUUCAUACUGAGAAUUUCAUCAGCCAGGGGGAAGUAUAAAGCCUUUUCCACCUGUGGAUCUCACCUCUCAGUUGUCUCUUUGUUCUAUGGCACAGGCCUUGGGGUCUAUCUCAGCUCUGCAGCCACAGCAUCCUCUAGGACAAGUCUGAUGGCCUCGGUGAUGUACACUGUUGUCACACCCAUGCUGAACCCCUUCAUCUACAGUCUGAGGAACAGGGAUAUGAAGAGGGCUCUGGGGAGACUCCUUGGCAGGGCAGCCUCUCUCAGUGAUGGGGCCGUUGGAGGGUUAUCAUGA